AUGUCCUUGGCUGGUGCUAUCAAUGUCGGAAAAUAUAACAAUAAAGGAGAGUUAGAAUACGAUCAUGAUGUUCAAGAAUUUGAAAACUUACCUUUUAAAAUUAAAGUUGAAACACUUAAGAAUGAAGAUAACGCCACAAGACUCUUUUUUUUCGAUUACGAUCCAGAAAAAAAGAUUGAGGUUCCCGAAGGUAUUAUUGUUAAAGAUGUAACCUUUGCAAGAAAAAUAAUUAAAGAUCCGCUUCCCGAUACAAAUUAUUUCUUAAUUACUCAUCCGAUGAAAUACGUUGUAUACUAUGAUCCUGUUAAAAAAAGAAAAACAACUAAACGAACAAAAAUCUAUUCUAUUAAUUCCCAAAAGAAAUAUAGUAUUCAUAAUUUUAGAAAGACUAAUGAGAUUUUAGAAAAGGAAUGUGAAAAAAGAGAAAAAAGAGAAAACAAAAGGUUAGAUAAUGCAAUCAAUAGCAUCACAGCUCAACUUUUGGCAAAAAUUAAUGAAUUAAUUAAAAUGUUCGAGGAACAAAAAAAUGAAAUGAAAAAAAACCAUGCUAAUGAAAUCAGUCUUUUCCGAGAAAUAAUUACCGCAAAAGAUAAAGAAAUUACAAAUUUGAUAUCUACAAAAACAACUGAAAUUACAAAUUUGAUGUCUAUUAUUGAUAAUCACUCUAAAGAAAUUGAACGAAUUUAUGAAAUGAGAAAAAAACAUGAAUAUGAAUACAAUGAAAGAUUGAAAGAAAAAGAUAAAAUCCACAAACGUGAAAAAGAAGAAAGAGAACGAACUUACAAACGUGAAACUGAUCUUUUACAACAAACCAUCGAUCGUUUGGAACAAACUAUUCGCUCCUUACAAACUCAAAUUAGUGAAAAUAUUUCUCCUAAUGAAUAUCA